UUUUUUNCUUCAAAUUUACUAAUUCCAAUAUGAUAUCUAUCUAAAUCCAAAAUAAAACAAUCUUUAAACUCUUGCCCAAGCCACCACAGCGCACUUGCGAGUUACAAAGCACUGACGGAUCAAACUUCGCAGCAAUUUUUUUGUCCUCUCUUUUUGCCUGUGAGCCUCAACAAUGUGGAUUUUCGGAAGAAAAGGGGCAUCUGGGUUUUCAGCCUGCUCAACAGCCGAAGAAGUUGCUCGAGGAAUUGACGGCUCUGGUCUUACGGCCAUCGUCACAGGAGCUUCAAGUGGCAUUGGAACAGAGACCACCCGAGUCCUUGCAUCGUGCGGAGUUCAUGUGAUUAUGGCAGUACGUAAUGUAGACAGUGGUAAAAACGUUAAAGAAACAAUUAUUAAAGAGAUCCCUAAUGCUAAAAUCGAUGUCAUGGAACUCGAUCUUGGCUCUUUGGCAUCUGUCAGGAAAUUCGCAUCAGAAUAUAACUCGUCUUCUCUUCCAUUAAACCUCCUCAUUAAUAAUGCAGGUGUUAUGGCUCCUCCAUUCACGCUUUCCCAGGACAACAUAGAGUUGCAGUUUGCAACUAACCAUCUAGGUCAUUUUCUUUUAACCAAUCUUUUACUGGAUAAGAUGAAGCAAACUGCACGAGAGGGCCAGAAAGAAGGAAGAAUUAUCAAUGUUUCAUCAGAAGACAAAGUAGCAACAUUCAAUUUGGGACGUAUGCAUGUUUUUUACUAUAGCAUUUUGGCUUAUGGACAAUCAAAGCUGGCAAACAUAUUGCACGCUAAUGAACUAGCGAGGCACUUAAAGGAAGAAGGGGUCAACAUAACUGCUAAUUCACUACACCCUGGAGCAAUUGCCACUAACCUCCUGAGGCAUCAUGGCAUCAUUGAUGGUGCAGUGAAUUGGGUCGGUAAAUAUUUCCUGAAAAACAUCCCUCAGGGGGCAGCCACAACUUGCUACGUGGCUUUGCAUCCGCAGGUUAAGGGAGUAUCGGGUGAGUAUUUUGCAGACAGCAAUCUUAGUAAAAUGAGUCAACUUGCUUCGGAUGCACAAUUGGCCAAGAAACUAUGGGAUUUCAGCUUGAAUCUGACUGAGCCCAAGUGAAGCUUCACUUGUUCUCCCAAUGUUAGUGUGAUUAACAUAGUUUUAUAAUUUUAUCGUUAUGAAACUGUGUAAACUUUGUGGGAGCUGGUCACUUUCGUCUUUCUAUGAAUUUCUGCUGAAAGUUGUAAAGGAUAGUUUGACAUGUUUGAGCUUGAAAGAGAUUCUUGAGUUGUUGGAGUUGAAAUCUUGGAUUCAUGCAGCUGAUUUUUUUUUUCCCCUCCUAAUAAUUGGAAUAUUGACCGGUUUUUAUUUUCUUAUAAUUAAUAUCACUAUUUCCAUGAUUUGAUUUGGAGAUUUUGUGUCAAAGUGAAUAGAAUCCUCCUUGUCUCA